CUUGCACCACGAGGCUAAUAGUGUGAGAUGAAGACGUCUUUUGUGUUAUUCUGCACUCUCUGCGCUUUUAUAGCGGUAGAUUCAAUUGUCGAACAAGAACAUCAUUCUUACUGCGUAAUCGGAGCUGGUCCUGCCGGCCUUCAGAUGGGAUUCUUUUUGCAUCGUGCACAACGUGAUUAUGUCAUAUUUGAAAGAGCAGACCAAGUUGGACCUUUCUUCGUGAAGUAUCCUCGACAUAGGAAACUAAUUUCGAUCAACAAACGUUUCACUGGCAAGAGCAACAAAGAAUUCAACUUGAGACAUGACUGGAACAGUUUACUCAGUGAUGACGAUUCUCUGCUCGUCAAAUAUUACUCGCACGACUUUUUUCCUCAAGCUGAUGAUUAUCUCCGCUAUCUUAGUGAUUUUGCCAGUAAGUUACAACUAAACAUCAAGCUGAACACGGAAGUGAGGAAUAUCAGCAGGAAGUUAACUUCCUCUGGAGAUCCUCUGUUUGUCAUGAGAAAUGCUAAUGCUGACGCUACUUACACUUGUCAGUAUGUGAUUGUAGCGACUGGUCAGGCAGUCCCAAUUCGUAUUGAAGGGUUUCUAGGCAGUGAGUAUGUGGAGUAUUAUGACAGCAUGUCUUUGAAUCAGAGUGAAUAUGAAAAUCAGCAUGUUCUUAUUUUGGGAAGAGGAAACUCGGCUUUUGAAACUGCAGACCAUAUUGGAGGUCAUACUGCAUCGAUCCACAUGCUGGCUCGAUCUCGUGUUCGUCUGUCAUGGGCAACACAUUACGUAGGAGAUGUAAGAGCCAUUAACAACCAAAUUCUUGACACAUAUCAGCUUAAGAGUUUAGAUGGUCUUCUAGAAGCCGAAGUUGGGCAGAUGCAAAUUACUAAGAAAGAUGGCAAGUUACAUCUUAUUCCAAUUGAUCGGCCAUUUCAAGAGGACCACAGAGUUGAUGAAGAUACAGAUGAAGAUGAAGAUAAUGAAGCAGUUUCAGACGUAGCACUGACUAAUACAGAUGACGAGCCUGAACCACAGUUUGAUAACUUCGCAAUGCGUGAGCCCUAUGAUCGAGUCAUCUCUUGUCUUGGAUUUCAGUUUGAUUGGUCAAUAUUUGAAAAUGACACUAAGCCAGUGAAAGGUAUAGGUCGUAAAGCCAAGUACGCAGCAAUGAAAAAUAAUUAUGAGUCAACACGUGUUCAAAACAUGUUCUUUGCUGGAACAAACACUCACAUUAGAGACUUCAGGAAAUCAUCAGGUGCAUUUAUUCAUGGAUUUAGGUAUACGGUAAGAGCUCUUCAUCGAUUGCUGGAGUGGAGAAAUCACGGAGUAAAGUGGCCAUCUGUUACAUUGCCAUACACUGGACUGAUGGAUUAUAUGGUGAAACGAAUGAACGAAAUGUCGGGACCUUAUCAAAUGUUUGGUAUUUUGGUUGAAGUCAUUCUUAUUCAUGGUGAUACAGUGACUUAUUUGGAAGAAGUUCCUCUUGAUGUGCUGGUCUCGUUGCAGAACGCUACAGGCCAUGAUGCUGAACGUUUAAUUGUUGUGAAUCUUGAAUAUGGAGAGGGAUUCUCGGGACCUGGAAAUGAUGUUUUUAGUGAGGAUAGGGCAACUGGAGAUCCAGUUGAUGCCCACAACAGCAACUUCCUUCAUCCUGUUUUGUAUUAUUAUGACAUGCCCAUUAAAUCUUCGUCUCCACUCAAGUUGCCUCGACCUGCAAAAAUCCAUCACAUGGUAGAAGACUUUCUUACUUUUUGGACAUCUCCUCUUUCACAUCUAAUGCCACUCCGGCGAUUCCUAGAGAGUGUUUUUGAAGAUGACAUGAGAGAGUAUUUUAGCUCAACAUGCUUUACUGCUGCUCUUACUUACACAACGGUUCCUACCAGGUGCUUGGACUACCUUCACGGACGAGGAUUUCUGGGGAAUGAGGAGAUGAUCAAGGCAGCAGAGGAAGGAGGAAUGCGCUCUCCAAUUGUUCAGGAUAUAGUAAAUAAUGCUGGACAAUAAAUUGUAGUUUUCAUUUGUGGGGAACUGCUGCAAAGGCAUGGUGCAUAUGUAUGACGCUAAUUUUAGAUUAAAUCUGUGAUCAUAAUUUGAAACACACAUGCUUCACGCUCUA